AUGGAAGUUUUUAAUCAUUUUGGAAAGGAAAGCAAGAGGAUAAGUUUUGAGAUUGUUAACUUUACUGGAGACACCAUUGGUUGCACUUUCUGGGAUAGUUUUGCACAACAAUUUUCCACUUUUAUUCAGGGUUAUUCAUGUGAUGUCGUUGUCAUUGUUCUAAUUCAAUUUGCUAAAGUUAAGAAUUGGAGAGGCAGCCCAAAUAUUCAAAAUGCAUUUUUUGGUAGUCGUUUGUUUAUCAAUGAUGAUAUUGAGGAAAUUACAAGGGGCCAAGUUGAAGGAUCUUCACAGAUUACACCAGCUUCGUUGUCCAGUCAAACUGUUUACUCUUCUCAUGAAGAAUUCCUGAAGAAGUACGAGAGAAAGUCUGUCGAAGAGAUUUGGGACGUCGCCGUUGUAAGUCAUCAAUCUGUCUUUGUUGUUCUUGGUACUAUAAGGUCCGUUGAGGAAGAUUUUGGAUGGUUUUAUGUUGGGUGUUCCAAGUGUAGCAAGAAGGUGAUUCCUGCUUCUGAUCAUGUUGGUGGCCUUGAUGAUAUAGAUGCAGAUGACGCUGCAUCUGAUGAUGGUGUACUUUACUGUCCUAAGUAUACAAGAUACGUGUGA